CGGCGGGAGCGCGCCGCUUCCUGCGGGACCGGACGGGUCGGGUCGGCGGCGCCGCGUGGGUUUAUAGGCACAGGCCGCCCCCCCGCGAGGCUGGUCCCGCCGGCCCCCCCUUGGGGUGCCGGGGUGUCAGAGCGGGGGCUUCGGCCUGUGGCUGCCCUCGGCUGCCCGGGGAAGGGCGGCCUCUGGGCGCUGCCGGCCCGGGCAGCCCCGUGUGCGUACGGUCGGCAUGAUGCAACGCUGCUGUUCAAACUCGGAGACUUCUCCUCAGUGCCCGGCUCUGUGAAGGCCUGGGCUCGUCACGAGCCCUGUCCGAAUAGCGAUUGGCAUCUGCGGGAAGGUGGCGUGUGCUACAUCGGUGUCGUUGUUGAUGAAAAGUGCCUACCACGUGUACGCAAAACAUCGUUUAAGCUGUGUGUUCAGAGGCACCUGUGCAUGAGGAGAGGUUUGUUCUAUGGCCUCAGAGCUGGGUGCCAGGGAGGAUGGCAGCUGCUCAGAGCUGGCAAAACCCCUUUAUCUGCAAUAUCUGGAGAAAGCUCUGCAACUGGAUCAGUUUUUACGACAGACGUCUGCCAUCUUUAACAGGAGUAUAUCCAGCGAUGAAAGUGAAGAUGGAUUGGAUGACAAUCCUUUGCUGCCUCAGUCUGGGGAUCCCCUGAUGCAAGUUAAGGAAGAACCUCCAAACUCUUUGCUUGGGGAGUCUUCUGGAGCAGGGAAUUCCGGGAUGCUGAAUACGCAUUCCCUGAAUGGAGUACUGCAGCCAGAACCAAAGUCUGAAAAAGGGAGCUUGUAUAACUUUUCCAAACUGAAAAAGAGCAGGAAGUGGCUGAAGAGUAUCCUCCUGAGCGAUGACUCCAGUGAUACAGAUUCACCAAGUGAUGAGGAUGGAGAGGAGGAAGAAUUUUCUCUUUCAAGGGAGGAACUUCACAAUAUGCUGCGAUUACACAAAUAUAAGAAGUUGCAUCAAAGUAAAUAUAGCAAAGACAAAGAGUUGCAGCAAUAUCAGUACUACAGUGCAGGACUGCUGUCUACACAUGAUCCUUACUAUGAGCAGCAGCGCCAUCUGCUAGGGCCCAAGAAAAAGAAAUUUAAAGAAGAGAAAAAAUUAAAAGGCAAGUUGAAAAAAGUAAAGAAAAAGAGGAGACGGGAUGAAGAACUGUCUUCAGAGGAGUCACCACGACGCCACCAUCACCAGACCAAAGUUUUUGCCAAGUUUUCUCACGAUACACCACCACCUGGGUCCAAGAAAAAGCAUUUGACUAUUGAGCAACUUAAUGCACGUCGGCGGAAAGUGUGGCUUAGCAUUGUUAAAAAGGAGCUGCCAAAGGCAUACAAACAAAAAGCCUCGGCCCGCAACCUUUUCCUAACCAACAGCAAAAAGCUUGCCCAUCAGUGCAUGAGAGAGGUACGUCGAGCUGCUAUCCAGGCCCAGAAAAACUGUAAAGAAACUCUACCACGAGCACGUCGUCUUACCAAGGAGAUGCUUCUCUAUUGGAAAAAGUAUGAAAAGGUGGAAAAAGAGCAUCGUAAACGAGCUGAGAAAGAGGCUCUGGAGCAACGCAAGCUGGAUGAGGAGAUGAGAGAGGCCAAGAGACAGCAGCGAAAACUUAACUUCCUGAUCACACAAACUGAAUUAUAUGCCCAUUUUAUGAGUCGUAAACGAGAUAUUGGACAUGAUGGAAUACAGGAGGAAAUCCUGCGCAAACUGGAAGACAGCUCUACCCAAAGGCAGAUUGAUAUUGGCGGAGGAGUAGUGGUCAACAUCACGCAAGAAGAUUAUGAUAGUAACUAUUACAAGGCCCAAGCUCUGAAGAAUGCUGAGGAUGCUUACCAGAUUCAUCAGGCCCGGACCAGGUCAUUUGAUGAAGAUGCAAAGGAGAGUCGGGCAGCUGCUUUACGAGCUGCUAACAAGUCCGGUACUGGCUUUGGAGAGAGCUACAGUUUAGCAAACCCAUCUAUCCGGGCAGGAGAAGAUAUUCCACAGCCUACUAUUUUCAAUGGAAAACUGAAAGGUUACCAACUGAAAGGCAUGAAUUGGCUGGCCAACCUAUAUGAGCAGGGCAUCAAUGGAAUCCUGGCAGAUGAAAUGGGUCUGGGUAAAACAGUACAAAGUAUUGCUCUUCUUGCACAUCUGGCUGAGAGAGAGAACAUCUGGGGACCUUUUUUAAUAAUUUCACCCGCCUCUACUCUUAACAACUGGCACCAGGAGUUUGCCAGAUUUGUACCUAAAUUUAAGGUGCUACCUUACUGGGGAAAUCCCCACGACAGAAAGGUGAUCAGGAAGUUCUGGAGUCAGAAGACAUUGUAUACUCAGGACGCUCCUUUCCACGUGGUAAUUACCAGUUAUCAGCUAGUAGUACAGGAUGUGAAGUAUUUCCAGCGAGUGAAGUGGCAAUAUAUGGUGCUGGAUGAAGCGCAAGCACUCAAGAGUAGCUCCAGUGUUCGUUGGAAGAUCCUACUACAGUUCCAGUGUCGAAACAGAUUGUUGUUGACUGGGACCCCAAUCCAGAACACAAUGGCUGAGCUGUGGGCCCUGCUGCAUUUUAUCAUGCCAACACUGUUUGAUUCCCAUGAAGAGUUCAAUGAGUGGUUUUCUAAGGACAUAGAGAGCCAUGCAGAGAACAAAUCCGCCAUUGAUGAGAAUCAGCUAUCCCGCUUGCACAUGAUCCUGAAGCCUUUCAUGUUGAGAAGAAUCAAGAAGGAUGUGGAAAAUGAGCUGUCAGAUAAGAUUGAAAUUCUUAUGUACUGCCAGCAGACAAGUCGACAGAAGCUGUUGUACCAAGCUCUGAAAAACAAAAUCUCUAUUGAUGACCUCCUGCAGUCCUCAAUGGGCACUACUCAGCAAGCACAGAGCACCACUAGUAGUCUCAUGAAUCUAGUCAUGCAGUUCAGGAAGGUGUGCAAUCACCCAGAGCUGUUUGAGCGACAAGAAACUUGGUCCCCAUUUCACAUCUCCCUAAAGCCAUACCAGAUUUCAAAGUUCAUCUACCGUCAUGGACAGAUCAGGGUCUUUAACCACUCACGGGACAGGUGGUUACGGGUUUUACUCUCGCCAUUUGCACCAGACCACAUCCAACAGUCUCUCUUCCAUAGGAAGGGCAUCAAUGAAGAAAGCUGUUUUUCUUUCCUCCGGUUUAUUGAUGUCUCUCCAGCAGAAAUGGCAAACCUCAUGAAUCAGGGACAUUUAGCCAGAUGGUUAGCUCUUUUCCUGUCUCUGAAAGCAUCCUACAGGCUCCAUCACACACGCUCCUGGAUGGAGACAGAAGGGGAGAGGCAGCAGGGGUCGUGUUAUCUGAGGAACAGGGAUUUCUUGCUUGAUGUAAAUUUCCCACUGUCUUUCCCUAACUUGCACAGCUGCACUUUGCUGCAGAACCUUGUGUUCAGUAGCCACUGUAAAGCAGUUACUGGCUAUUCAGAUCACGUCAUACAUCGAAGGAGAUCAGCUACCUCAUGUGUACGGUGCUGCCAGGUGACUGAGCUGCCGUCCUUCCUGUGCAUAGCCAGUCCACGGGUAACAGCUGUGCCACUGGAGUUCUACUGCAAUGACCGAAGUGCAGAAUACGAGCGCAGGGCACUAAAGGAAGGAGGAAGUCUUGAAGCAAAGCAGUGUGUACUCAAUGGAGCCCCUGAGCUAGCAGCUGACUGGCUGAAGCAAUGCUCCCAGUUCUUCCCAGAGCAUCCAGGAGGGCUGUUAGGGAUCAGGCCUCAGAACGGCUGGUCUUUUAUCAGGAUACCAGACAAAGAGAGUCUGAUCACUGACAGUGGAAAACUUCAUGCUCUUGAUCUUCUGUUGACUCGGCUGAAAUCUCAAGGACACAGAGUUCUCAUCUACUCCCAGAUGACGCGGAUGAUUGACUUAUUGGAGGAAUACAUGGUUUAUAGGAAACAUACCUACAUGAGAUUGGAUGGUUCUUCAAAGAUUUCUGAACGAAGGGACAUGGUAGCAGAUUUUCAGAACAGAAAUGAUAUUUUUGUGUUCCUGUUAAGCACAAGAGCUGGAGGCCUGGGCAUUAACCUUACAGCUGCAGAUACGGUAAUUUUCUAUGACAGUGAUUGGAACCCAACAGUAGACCAGCAAGCAAUGGACCGGGCACACAGGCUGGGUCAGACAAAACAAGUCACUGUGUACCGAUUGAUAUGUAAAGGCACCAUUGAGGAGCGCAUCUUACAAAGGGCUAAGGAAAAGAGUGAGAUCCAACGAAUGGUGAUUUCAGGUGGCAAUUUCAAACCUGACACCUUGAAGCCAAAAGAGGUGGUCAGCCUUCUGCUGGAUGAUGAGGAACUAGAAAAGAAAUUGCGUCAGCGUCAAGAAGAGAAGCGACAGCAAGAAGAAACAAAUCGUGUGAAGGAACGUAAACGUAAAAGGGAAAAAUAUGCUGAAAAGAAGAAGAAGGAAGAUGAAUUGGAUGGGAAGAGAAAGAAGGAGGGCAUGAAUCUUGUGAUCCCAUUUGUUCCCUCAGCUGAUAACUCCAACCUGUCUGCUGAUGGGGAUGACUCCUUCAUUAGUGUAGACUCUGCCAUGCCCAGCCCUUUCAGUGAGAUAUCCAUUAGCAGUGAAUUACAUAUGGGCUCUAUCCCUCCCGAUGAGAGCAGCAGUGAUAUGCUUGUGAUUGUGGAUGAUCCAGCUUCAUCAGCACCUCAGUCAAGGGCGACAAACUCUCCUGCUUCCAUUACUGGCUCAGUUUCAGAUACCAUGAAUGGUGUUUCAAUGCAAGAUACACCUCUCACUGGGCGAGGCCAGUCAGGUCGAAGCCGAGGUCGUCCUAAAGGUUCAGGCAGUGGAUCCAAAGGUGGCACUGGGAAAGGCAGAAGCCGGAAAUCAAUAGCGGGAAGUGCAGCUGCAAUGGCAGGUGCCAAAGCAGGGGCAGCGGCAGCCUCGGCAGCGGCAUACGCGGCGUACGGGUACAAUGUCUCUAAAGGCAUGUCUGCAAGUAGCCCUCUACAAACAGCAAUUCUUCGGCCUUCUGGACUUGCAGAUUUUGGACCUUCAAGCGCCUCUUCUCCCUUGAGCUCCCCUUUGAGCAAAGGAAACAGUGUUUGUGGGACCCCCAAAAGCUUAAACCUGACCAGCAGUCUCAUAGCAGAAACUCCAAUUCGGAAGCAAAGCAAAGGUGCCCACACCUCAGGUGGUCGGUAGUAAUUUUGAACCCCCAAAGCUUGUCUGAACUGCGUUGGCUUUCAGAGUAGACCACCCUGCCAGUUGAAGGCAUGCAAACAAAUGCCUUGUUGCUGUCCAGCACGUGUGUGAAAAGGAAAUCAAAGCACAAUGGGAGUGGGUGGUUUAUGUGAGCACUUUGAUUAUGUGUAUUCCAAAAAACUAUCUUUGCAGACACUGCGAGAAGGAGGGAAGGGAGGCUGGGGUAACUGGGAGAGUGUCAGCUUGUGUUUUGUUGACUCAUCUGACAAAGAUUCCCAAGAAAGCAUCCAGCUACUCCAUGCAAUAUCCUGCAGCUGUGUGUGUUUGAAGUCACACCAAUAUACUUUCUCUCUUGUAGCUUGAGCUGGAACCCAGCAUUAGUUUUAUCCUAUGACAUCAGUAUCUGAACCCCAGGGGUAUCUGUAGAGUCAGAAGACAUUUCUGUACUGGCGGCUGGUCAGUGUACAUGCGGGGGUAGUUGGGGCUAAGCUGAAGAUGUUGUAUGAUCAGAAAAAAUCUUGGAUUCUUCUAGUGUGGUGCCUCUGGGUUCUCUAAAGGUUUGAAAUGCAAAGGAAGGUGUCUCGGGUGGUUUCCAGGGAAUGGACUCUUUUCAGCACCAUCUGUCAGCAACAGGUUCAGAGCCACAGAACACAGAGAGCACUGUCAGGCCCAGUGAGAGCAGCAGCACUGCCUCUGCUUCACCCAGUGGAAGAAACCACAAGCCAGUGGUUUGGAUUGCAUUUCAGAUUUCUCAUCAGCACAUUCGCUGUGUUCAGAAUGAUUUCUCUCACUUUUGAGGUGUGCAGAACACUUGAAAGCUUAGAAACAAAGUAAGGGUCUGUUUGUACAAAUCUCAAGAAGAGGGAAAGCUGAAGUGCUGAGGAAGAGUUUGCUGCUGCUCCUCUCACUAUGCCGUAGCAGAGUGUGGUUCUGCAGUUUGCAGUGCUGCGAGGGGAGCAAUGAGAAACAGUCCUGAGAGAGAGAACUGUGCCAUUCCCCCUUCCAGCAAGUCCUGGGAAAAAAAUUGUCUCGUAUCCCAGCCAUCCAUUGACUGUUCUUCCAGUGUGUUUUCCCUUCAUCUUUGUGAUCGUCACACGUACUGGCUUGGUUGAGUUCACUGCAGUGUGUGGGUACCAGUAGCCGUGUCCCGUAAGGCUGAUAGAAGGCAGCGCUGCCAGUGCCCAUCUGUGUUCACAUUCUCUGGUUGCUCCUUCCCCAUUCUCAAUGCACAACCCCCCUUCCCCCGUAGCCCCUUGCUUUGCUGUAAGCGUUGUCUGCAUUGCACUGAGAUUUAGGUGUGGGGCAGUUCUUCUGUCUGACACAUUGAAUUAAAAGGCUGUUCUGCCGGGGCACUUUCAUCCAUUGAGAGAGAAGCGAGUUGAGUUGCAGGUCUGGGCUGUGACAGCGGAAGAUGACUUUUUUUAUUAUUAUAAUUUUUUUCCAACCCCAAAUCCUUUGCCUGGCGUCCUUCAGUGUGGAGCGAGUGCUUCCUGUUGGCUCUGCCUCUAAUUUGCACACCUGAAAAUAGCAGAACUGAGCUUAGUUAGAUUGAUUUUUAAACAGAUUUGCAGGGGAUAAUUGAGGGGGAGGUGGUGUUUAAUUAACUCAUGAAGACUUCCCCCUUCCCCUCUUAUUCACAUGUAUAUAUGAUAUUUAGAGGGAAUCAGACAAAUGCCAAGCCUUUUUUUCUCUUUGAAUGUGCUGUCUAUUUUUAUAACUGAACUUGUACAUAUGUAUAAAGAGAGACACAUCUUUCUUUUACUAACUGGAGAAGAAAAUCUUAAAUAAAAUGGAGUGAGAUAAUUUUAUGUAAAUCAGCGUCUUUGUGGUUUUUAUGCAUAUAGCUGUAUGAAUGAGAAGAUUAGGGAAGAGAACAUGGAGUGUCUGCACUCUUCUGAGUAUCACCUUUGUAACCUUUUUCAGUUAGAACUGUACACUUAGCACAUGUCUGUAUUCACUGAUUAUCUGGUAAUUACUUUGGAGUAGGUAUGCAGCAGAUCACAAGGAAAAAGCAGCAAGUGUAAUAUGCACAAUUACAUAGUACCCGAGCUAUGAUGGUUGAAUUCAACACAGUUGAUCAUUUUGGGACAUCAUUCUGUA